AUGGCGGCGGCGGCGGCUGCACGAGCCGUUUCUGUGGGCCCUGGGCUCCGGGGCAUGCAACGGACACUGCCGCUUGUAGUGAUUCUCGGGGCCACGGGCACCGGCAAGUCCACCCUGGCGUUGCAGCUCGGCCAGCGGCUUGGUGGCGAGAUCGUCAGCGCGGACUCCAUGCAGGUUUAUGAAGGCCUAGACAUCAUCACCAACAAGGUUUCUACCCAAGAGCAGAGACUAUGCCAGCAUCACAUGAUCAGCUUUGUGGAUCCUCUUGUGACAAAUUACACAGUGACGGACUUCAGGAACAAGGCAACUGCUGUGAUAUCCUUAGGAAAGACGGCAGCUAGGCUUGAUGGAGGCAAGGCAGCCCAAGCCAAGAAAGAAGUUUUCUUUCUAGUGACAGUUUCUUCUAAGCAGGGCACACAUGACCUAACUACCAAUAUAUUUGCCCGACACAGAAUUCCUAUUGUCGUGGGAGGAACCAAUUACUACAUUGAGUCUCUACUCUGGAAAGUUCUUAUCAGUGCUAAGCCCCAGGAGAUGGGCACUGAGAAAGAGAUUGACCGGAGAGUAGAGCUUGAAAAGGAAGAUGGCCAUGUACUUCACAAGCGCCUAAGCCAGGUGGACCCAGAAAUGGCUGCGAAGCUGCACCCACAUGACAAGCGCAAAGUGGCCAGGAGUUUGCAAGUGUUUGAAGAAACGGGAAUCUCUCACAGCGAAUUUCUUCAUCGUCAACAUGCAGAGGAAGGUGGUGGUCCCCUUGGAGGCCCUCUGAAGUUCCCUAACCCUUGCAUCCUCUGGCUUCAUGCUGACCAGACAGUUCUAGAUGAGCGCUUGGAUAAAAGGGUGGAUGACAUGCUUGCUGCUGGGCUCUUGGAUGAACUAAGAGAUUUUCACAGACGCUAUAAUCAGAAGAAAGUUGAAGAAAAUAGCCAGGACUAUCAACAUGGUAUCUUCCAAUCAAUUGGCUUCAAGGAAUUUCACGAGUACCUGAUCACUGAGGGAAAAUGCACACCAGAGACUAGUAACCAGCUCCUAAAGAAAGGUAUUGAGGCCCUGAAACAAGUGACUAAGAGAUAUGCCCGGAAGCAAAACCGAUGGAUUAAAAAUCGUUUUUUGAGCAGACCUGGUCCCGGUGUCCCCCCAAUAUAUGGCUUAGAAGUAUCUGAUAUCUCGAAGUGGGAGGAGUCUGUUCUUGAACCUGCUUUUGAAAUUGUGCAAAGUUUCAUCCAGGGCCGUAAGCCUGAUGCUGCUCCAGUAAAGAUGCCAUGCAGUAAAACUGAGAACAAGAGAAGUUCUCACAUGUGUGACCUCUGUGGUCGAAUCAUCAUUGGGGACCGUGAAUGGGCAGCACAUAUGAAAUCCAAAUCCCACUUACACCAACUGAAGAAAAGAAGACGAUUGGACUCAGAUGCCUUCACCACCAUAGGAAGUCAGAGUAUUUCCCCAGACCGUGACAAAGAGCUUGAAGAGAACAGAUCCGUAGGGCGGAAUGAUGAAGACCUGAAAUCCAGUGUUUAAGGGACAUGUCCAGUGGCCUUGGCAAAAGUGGCGGGGAUCUAUUCAGGAGGGAGGGUUAUGUCUGUGCCCCAGUCUGGGUGGAGGAGCGCUAUGCAGAAAGCUCCUGCCAUUUUCUUUUUCAGUGGUGUGGUUUUAAAGUGUCAUGUUCUCUGUCAUGGAAACAGCAGGUCUUGUCAGCUCCUGUGUGGCUGAUGUGUCUGGCAAUGUGAGUUCGGGAAGGGAUUUUUUUCUUUUAACCUUAAAGGUUCUAUUUUUAAAAGAGGCACAGAUUGCACUUUUUCACACUUGAGGGGAUCUUUUUGGUGAUGAAUACCAGGGUUCACUAUAUCCCUUAAAAAAGGAGUUUUAUGUCCCUGACUUUGGCUAAAAAUAUCGAUAAUUUCCAGACACUUUUAUAGAUGACCAAAGGAUUGUGCGCCCCACCAAUCAGGAGUUCUGGAUUUGAGUGAAUGGCAGGAGAGGACUGGCCCCAGUUAGAUGGUUAGGUGAACCAAACCAGUUCUUGGAAUUCCAUAGAGGAGAGAAUCAGACCAAGGUGGCUGUGACAUGGGAUUUGAAAAACUAAAGACAUCGACAUUUGUUGUGUGACAAUUACCGUGACUACUGUUUCUAUUGAGUUUGGAAUCUACAUUUUAUCUAUUUUUUUUGUUUGUUUCUAAGGAAUCUACAUUUUAUUUAUUCUAUUUUUAUUUUUAAAAUAUAUUUUAUUGGUUUUUACAGAGAGGAAGGGAGAGGGAUAGAGAGUUAGAAACAUCGAUCAGCUGCCUCCUGCACACCCCCUACUGGGGAUGUGCCUGCAACCAAGGUACAUGCCCUUGACCAGAAUCGAACCUGGGACCCUUCAUUCCGCAGGCCGACUCUCUAUCCACUGAGCCAAACCAGUUUAGGGCGGAAUCUACAUUUUAAAUAAAGAAAGUUUGAAAGAGCCUCUUUAGUCCUUAAAAAGAUAUAUAUGUCUAUAUCUAGUUUAUAUACAUAUGAUUUGUUAUCAACAGAUGGCUUUUUCUCAAAUUUGACAUUCUUCAUGUGAUCACACUGUCUAUUCAUUUUAUUAGAGAUUUAAGUUAUCUCCAGUUGAAGAUCUCUUUUUGGAAUGACCUGAGCUGCCAACAAUGUUACGUACAUGUAUGUAUGCAUAUAACAGAAAGUUAAGAAUUUUUAAGUUUAUAUUAAUUACAUUCUUAGUGUUGUGCAACCAUCACCACUAUUUCCAAAACAUUUUCAUCAUCCCAAGCAGAAACUCUGUACCCAUUAAGCAAUAACUCUCUUCUCAAGUAAUAUUUUAUUUGUUCAGAGCCUAUUAUAUGAGAGUCCCUGAACUAGGCAAGAGGGAAUAUAGAGAUAAAAUGAGGUGAUUCUUGCCCUAGCUGGUGUGGUUCAAUGGAUAGAACAUCGGCUUGCGGACUGAAGGGUUUCAUGUUUGAUUCCGGUGAAGGGCACAUGCCCAGAUUGCAGGCUCGAUCCCCAGUGUGGGGCGUGCAGGAAGCAGCCGAUCAAUGAUUUUUCUCUCAUCAUUGAUGUUUCUAUCUCUC